CGACGCUCAUCAUGGUGCUGCGCAUGCUCUGGAACAUCACCUCUGGACUCGUGUAUGGUGCUCUGCACAAGAGUCCACGCUCCGGACUCGCAGGUCUGCACUACCCAGCAGUAUGGAGAGCUCGCUCGGGCUUCCUGGACUGCGAUGUGAAUCUUCACUUGAACAAUUCUUCGUAUCUCUUCAGCAUGGAACUCGCUCGCUGGCAUUUCACUGCGGCCAAUGGCGUCUUGUGGCAAGCGUUGAAACAUCGACGCAUGUUCCUAGCUGCCUCACAAGCCAUUCGCUUUCGCCACGCCAUCCCUCCAUUUCAUGCGUACGAGAUUAAGACUCAGAUGGUUUAUUGGGACGGUCCGUGGAUCUUUUUCUUGCAUCAGUUCCAAGAUUCUAGCACGGGCAAGCAGUUCGCUGAGGGGCUGUGUCGUGUGAUGGUCAAACAGAGCGACGAGGGCGUGUCGUUCGAAAAGAUGAUUGCGGAAGUCUACGACGGACCGAUGCCAGCUCAACCUACAGAAGCACCUGACGUCGUCAAGGGAUUUCUUGAGUGGGACGCUGCCAGUCGCUCGAGUAUGGAGACAGCUCAUGAGACGGAGACAACCAAGAUCAGCAACAGCCCGUCUCCUCCUAAGUCAGAGAAGCUUUGGGAACGUAUCUGGAUGGAGAUGAGGCGCUCGAUGAACCGCCCAUAGCAGGUGGAAUGAAUAAAACGGAUUCAUGUGUAUGUCUA